AUGGAAAUUGUGGAUGCGCUCGAUUCGUCACCUUUGGCUAUGAAUAUGAGCGAUUCCAGGCUUGCUACAAGCCAUAGAAACCUUAAUAAUGACGUAUCUUUAUCUUCUAUUGAAUCUACACCAUUAGAAACGUCAGGAGCUCACGCAGAAACGUAUAGAACAGGCGAUGAAGAAGAUGGUUGGAUGCCAAAACCUGUACGAUUACAUUCAGGCAAAACACGAUCAUGUGUUGUCUGUUUGACUAGUUUAGAGUAUACAUCCUCUCAUAGUUGGGACGAGUAUUUACAGAGUGAAGCGUAUUUAGAUCAAUUACAAGCCAAUGUCCUACAAGAUGCUUUCAUCUCGUCCGUUAUUUGUGGAGAGACUACAGCAGGAGGUGAUGUACCAACCGAGCAUCGUAUGCAUAAGAAUCGCAAAUUCAAAUGUCGACAAAAUGUAACGGAUUAUAAACAUAUGACAAGUGCUGGUGUUGUGGAUCAAUUGGGAAUGGAGAAAGGAUCGAUACGAACAUUAGAAGAAAUGCUGAUUGAGACACUACCUACACCAGUAUUUACUCAUGUAUUAGAACGACGACUGGCUGUGAUUUCACAUAGUUCCAAGAUUGUUUGUAAACUCAUGAGUCGUGAGAAAAGCAUAAAGAUAUCAAGACCUGUGGAGAAAACAAUGGAUACUGAAGAAUUGCAUUAUUUAGCUAUUCAGACAUUGUCAGCGUUAUUAAAAGCUUUUGAUUACAAGAAUCCACACGCACUGAGAUCGUUUCAAGAACUGUCGCACCUCUUAACGUGCUUUCCUGUGCUGUCGUUGUACCCAUUCUGGAGUCCCAUGAAAAAACCACCGGAUAAAGUGUUGAGGUUGACCAAGGACGAGGUAGAGGUGUCGUCGGUUACGGCAAGUUCCGACGCGCAUGGACCACACUGCGCGCUGGAUGGAGAGGAGGACACGUUCUGGCAGUCGCAACCAAGACCAGGAGUGGUAUAUUUUGUGGUGAAGGCGACGGAAUUGGAGAAAGUGACUUCGAUCUUGAUCGUCUGGCAUAUGAAGUAUAUUCCACAAACUGUUGGUGUUCAGUAUCGUCCUGACGGGAGUAAUAGUUUCAUGCCAAUUGUAGAGGACCGAACAGUCUCGUCGUAUGACCCCACUGUGAUUGAAACCAAAUUUCCGAUGUCCUGUCGAGAAGCCCGAAUUGUUAUGGCGGGGACGCCAUCUUCGAAUCGUAAUGGGACAUACGCAAUUAAACACCUGCGACUGAACAUGCCCGCUCCUAGCUCCCUUUUUGUGGACCCGAAGCUGACGUUAAGCGCUAUUGCUAAUUGGCUUCUUGGUGCUUUGGAUACCGUUGACGACGUCAUGGCUACAGAGGCUAUUGGGGCACUUAGGGCCUGGGCUUUGUCAACAGCAUCACUUAACGUCACGAUGCUGUUUGUCAAUAUGCUACUGCAGCUUGAUGCCAGCGCAGAAGAUCAUCGUUGGCGCCGGAAUGCAGCGCUUGCAUUAGAACAAGGUCGCAUUUUGCUGAAGGGAAUUGAGGCAUAUCAUCAGGAAAAAUUACAUCGGUUGGCGCAUGAAGGGGGUACGGUCGGUCAUGAUGACGUUCGCAAAGUUGGGGCCGUUUUUGAAUCAUCAGUUUGCUCUACUGGCGUAGUUGUUGAAGGCGGUGGUCUUAUUGUGAGGACUCGGGAAACGAGUUACCAAUAUGCAGUUGUAAAUUGCGGAAUAUCUACUGGAAAAGCCUCUUGGAGAUUGCGUCUUGAUACUGACACACAGGACGACGAAAUGACAUGUUUUGGUGCUGCUAUACUACCCGUGACCAUCAACGGUUAUGAUUCGUCCCCCAGUCUCUGGAUGCUGAGAGGCUAUAAUGGCAACUUAUAUGCUCGUGGGCACAAGCUAGGUCGAGCCAUUGGUAAGGUGCACCCUGGCGAUAUUGUUCAAGUAGACGUUGACAUGAGCGAAGGCACUUUAGCGUACAAAAUCAACGGUACGGACUACGGUGUGGUGUUUACAGAUCUUGCUGGACAUGAAGUACACCCUGCUGUUUCGUUCUACGGCUCAGGUAAAGUAAUUUCUCUGCUUGGAGUCACAAAAUGGGACUGCGCCAGCUCUGAUUCAGCUGACGUAGACUCGAUAUUUCUUUCGAGCAUACGGGAGAGUCACUUUUCGGUUGGAUACGGAACUUUAGGGAAGGGUGGCCAGUUGGGAUAUGCCAGCGGUGGUAGUCCCAACAUAUCGUCGGGCAACAACACAUCAGCCACAGAAAGCACUUCAAUUUACAUUAACGGUGAGGCUAAGCAACGAUGCUUGUCAACACAUCCACCUUCGCAUGGCGACGCCUACGUGGUCUACGACUUGUCUGAAGCCUAUCACGCGAUCAGUGGUGCAAUCGCUAUUAAUGACAACACACGUGGCGAGCUUUUUCAGAACCAUCGGGUCGUCUUGAUGUUUAAAAUAUUGGGCGACGACAAGUUGCUGUGGCAAUCAAAGCCAUUGUGUGAAACUCAUUUGAUUGAGCAAUUUGAAGUCGACGUGAAAAAUGUGCGCGUGCUAGAGCUUAGGGUGUCAUGCGAAGGGUCUAAUCACUGUGCGCAAGCGAUCUGGAUAGACCCCUGUUUGCAUCCAGUUAAAGAGUGGAUUUGUUCAAAGUGUUCUUAUGUCAACCAUGGCUCAGCAAAAAUAUGCGCGGUUUGUAGAAAUGGAACUCGUGAUGAAAGCUUGAAAAAAACAGUGGACAAACUCGCAUCAGGAGACGUUUCAAACGAAUCAACACCACCGGCGUUUGGAAGUGAUGGUCUUGUUCAAGAUCCGAAAUCACUCAGUGAGCUUGGCACGAAUAUCAUCCGACAAAUUUACGAGUUAUAUCAGCUCGAGCCAGGACGUUGCAUGUCUUCAGCGAAGCCUACUGUCCCGUUUGAGGAGCCAUUUUGCCGCCAGCCGACCAAGGAUGUAAUUUCUUUAUUAUUGCUUAUGCUUCAACGAUUCCAUACUAAUUCUGGCCUGGACGCUAAGGCAAGCAAUGAUGCAAAGUACAAUUGUGAUGGUUUUGUGCAUGUUCUAGGAAUUAUUAGUGCCAACUUGGAGAGUAUUGCAUGUCAUGACGUGAAGGAUUCUACUACGGAACUAGGCGUGUCGUUGGUUACUGAAUUACGAGAAGAACUUGAAACAAUUGCACGUAUUCGCGAAGCACCUCAAAGGGUAGCAAAUGAGAUUGAAGAGGCCGCUGCUCAGACCAUUGUUGCUGGCAUCUCCGUUUUGUAUCCUUCCGCGAUUGAAAAGCUGCAACUACUGCUUCAGUUAUUACGAUCAUACAUUUUACGUCCAAUCGAUGCUACCUCAGCAAGCUAUUUUGUCUUGGCAUCAGUGAUGAGACUUCUUGCUACUCCAGGACAAGAUGGGAUUUUGACUUUUAUGCCUUAUAUGGCAGCCGACAAUGAUAAGUGCAGAGGAUCAAGUUUUGGGGAGACUGAUGAAGCGGCAUGGAUACUGUCGGUAACCGAAGCAGUUAAACUUCUUAUGCAGGUUGUAGUAAAUGUGCACCGGAAACAGCUUUUAGCUGACACCGAUACUUCAAGCGAGGAGGAUGUUGGUAGUGACAAACUAACUGAUGCCGCAAUUAACCUUCUAAAGACGUAUCAACUUUAUCUGCUUUCGGCAGCUAUAGAGUUGACGAAAACAAAAGCAUUUGAGGGUGCCACAGCUAAUCACAGCGAUGGUAAAAGCGCGAAAGCAAUGUCUCGACGUAGACUUCAGGUCCAGGAAGCGACUCUCCAGUUUGGUGUUUUUUCUUUGAACGUAUACCGGAAUCUGGUUGACAGUAUUGUUGCCAUUCAGGCAGAAGAAUCGUUUGUUCUUCCCCAAGCAACAGUGGCUCGUCAAGCAAGCGUUCGUUCGUAUCAGAUUCCUCUGCUCUCGGAGGUGCUACCAUGGUUUAUUGCGUGCUUGUGCCUAUUACGUCGCCAUACAUGGCUUGCCCGACAGAUACUCCCGGCGGUGGUAAGGCUUCUUGAAACGCUAGACCACUUUUGCUCGGAAUCGCAGGCUGUAACAAAGUCUGCGCAUCGAUUUCAGCAGCUGGAAGCACACCAAAAGGCACGGUUGAUUGAAACACAAGAAAUAGAACGCGUUGCUGCGCUUGAGAAGGAGCCGAGCUGCUGGCCCCACUCAACAAAACGUCUAUAUAAUGUUUUUUAUCAGCUCUACACCGGCGAGAAGGACCAUUUUGAAGGGCAAAUUGGGUUCCAGUUUGAAGCAAUGAGCUCCUUCACCAUCGUUGCUCUGGGACGCUCUGUCAAUCCAAAGCGACAUGGUGGAAGACUAACGCGUGAACAUCUGAUUCGACUAUGGGAGGAAGGAUCGCAGCUAUUAGUUGCAGAAGUCACAGUCGGAGGGAGAUCAAGAAAGGAUGCUUUGGGUUAUGCGCUAGAGAUGCUACCAUUUCCUGCAAAAAUUACUCAAGGAAAACUGUACCGGUUGACGACGCAAGAGUUUGCGAAUGGUGGAGACCCAUGGUAUAAGAAAGAAAACCUACCGGAUGAAGAGUAUGACGAGUCGUAUAUUAAGAUUUUGCGGGAUUGCUACGCAUCCGGCUCUGUGGGAUUUCCUGGGUCUCAAAACAUGAUGGGUGCUGCGUACGGCGUCCCGACAUUCAUGGUUCAAGACGAAACUCCUCUCGGUAGCCUUCCGCGCUUUGUGCCUCCACAUGGUUGUCUUUCACUACGAUUCGACACGAGAAAAACGUUAAACUCAGUCUGUAUCAGCCACACAGGAACAUCCGCCGUCGUCAAAGACAACACCGAUACGUGGCGAACUUGCCUGUUGCGAACGGCGUUUCUUCACGGCGUCCAUUCGGUUGAUUUCGCUGUCAAGUGCUCUCGUGAUGGAGGAACAGUAUCUGGGCAUGUUUGCGUCGGAAUUGAUUGGAGACAGCCACGGGGAGAGCGCUGUUUGAACUCACAGCAAUCUGCGUACGAUACUUUUAUGGGAGAAACGCUGACAAGCAUCGGGUGGAUGCCCUCAAUUGGCUCGGUUUGGGUAGGAGGAGUGCGAUAUGAUUACGGACCAAAGCUCUCAGUUAGUGUCGGCGAUAUAUUCACGGUAGUUAUCGACUACGACUUGCAUCUUUUGUCGUUUGCGUAUAACGGUAAAAAUGUUGGGAUUGCGGUGGGCCCUAAGGAAUUUUGGCCUCUCGGAACAGCAAUUGAAAAACUUCCAGAAGUGGUAACUGCUGGAGUAUCACUCUACGGCUUUCAAGAUGCUGUCCAAGUGCGCCCGUCAGGUAUAGCAAUGUCAAGUCUUCGUGUUCACUGGCUAUUUGAUUUGCACAACUCAUUGGCUUCUCUUGCUGGCCGUAUCGCUAGCACACUCAUUGCUGGGCAUCCAGUAGAUGCGGUGGAAGAAGAGCUGUUACCUUGGCUGCAAUCACCGCUGCUUAGUGGGGGCAAUGCGGAGCCUUCGGCCAGGCAGGAUCAGUCUGGCGUGAACACACCGUUGCUGUGGAGUGAUGUACUUCAAGCCGAAUGCGCUCGUUAUCCGUCAAAUCAGCAAGAAAUUGGAGCUGAAGUCUUGGCAGGUUUUUCACCAUAUACGCCGUCAAGUAUUGACGAAGAUUUAGUACAGAGAAAGCGUGGGUCAGAAAGACGCUUCAAAACCAGUGAAGCUGUAAGUCAGCGCGAUCCUGUCUUUUGGGGAAAUUGGACGGCGGACAUGACAGAACGUGGAACCGUCCAACUUAUUAUGUCAUGGCUAGAGAAGCACUGUCCAGAUCGUACUUUUCUAAGUCGACUUGGAAGAUUCCCAUUGUGUGAGAGAUGGGUGUGCGCUGCUUUGAUAAUGCAUGCACCAUCUCACGUGCUCCAAGAGGUGCAAGCAAUCGCUGCAGGAGCGGGGGUCAGUACGGGUGGCGAAGUUGUUGGGGCAGAUUUUUUUGUUUCCCACGCACAUUUUACCCCAUCCGACGAUAUAAUUUGUGUUUGGAAGCGGAUUAUUAUGCUGCGACACUGGCUAAUAAAGGUUCGACAAGGGUAUCGCGCAAAAGAAGCUGACGAAACAUCAGUAAACGAACGCGAUACACGUGAAGGGACUGUUGAAAACUCUACUGCAACAAUUAUAUCGCAAUCCGAUGAAAGCUCUUCGCCGAAGCGGUUUGAUGACGACAUUAAUUUGGAACAAAGCGUGGUGGUACCACAAACCUUUGACGACCUCUUAAAGCAAGUGGUUCAACGGGCAGAAUUUCUGUGUAAGUUAGCCCCACCUUCAGGAGAAACUGAAGGUCUCAAAGGCGACUCGCAGAUUGCUCUCUUUAAUUUGGCGGAAAAAUGGAGUGCUCAAAAGACACCUCCAUCUUUGCAACCUAUGCUUGAACGCUGGAAAACUUUAGGUAAGGCAGACAGCUCAAAGUGGUCUGGAAUCGUCGAUGUGUUACGAGCUCAGCAUCGCUGGAGAGCUCGACGAGCUUCUAUACAAGGACUUGCAUUCACUUCACCGCAAUCCAUUGCAAGUGACGACAGCUUGAAUGAGAGCUCUGAUGAUAUGCUUGAGACUAAGGGGGAAUACGACUACAUGAGCAGUUUUUCCGCGAUGAUGAAAGCGUGUGAAUUGUAUAUUCGUGACGGAACUGGAGCGCCGCCCAAAGUGCUUACAUUGCUGCUCGAAAGACGCCAGCGACGAUCUGAUUCUCGACUUUUUGGUCUUCAAGCGAUGAAAAGCAUAAUAUCGUUGUUGUCGUACGACUCAGCUAUUCACAACGCUUUAAUUUUUUUAAGGCCUGCAAUGAGAGGGUUUACAGAUAGUGAGAAAGAAUCACAAGAACUUAAUGACAGGCAGGUUGUAGCAGAGACAUUUCGGGCUACGCUUCGCCAUCACUACUUGAAAGGACUCGAGGGUUGUAAUCGGCAAACCAUUGAAAGCGUUCGAAAGGCUUUCUGUGACUUAUACACCCACUUGGCACAAAUUCUCGGCGGAAGCUCGGGUUACAGUAUAUCCGAUCCGCAGCUAAAACAAACUAUACUGUGCGCAUGGAGCUUGGAUUUUGAGCCGCAGGAUCACCAGUUCUUGCUUGAAACCGGAAUGUUAUCUAAAUUACAGGAAAUGUUUUCCAUAAGAUCUGUUCUACGCAAGGCAGUCGCUGUUAACGAGGAUUUGUCCGACGGAACCCUGUCACCUGGUUCAGUACGUGGGUACUCGAGUAUCAAUUGGCAUCCUUUGUCUGUAGAAUUCGUGCAGCAAGGACUUUUACGAAGUGGUUACAUGACCAAACGUGAUGUGUUUCAGCUACUUCAUCGAGCUCCUCAUUAUGCAUGUCCAGCAGAAUGGUGGAAGAAGAACGAUAUGAAGAACGCUAAAGAUGACGUCCCAAUAACCGCACGCCACACUGCUUCCUCGCUUUCGCUACUCUAUGCUGAUAUGCUAGCUCGACUUCAACAAAAGCUGCUCGGCCCCCCUGCUUCAUACUUCAACUUGUAA